GUCCUCAAGGGCGGGCUCCAGGCUGGGGAGUCCAGCACCGCCCUGCUCAUCACUCGCCAGCAGAGAGGCUGUAGACUGGUUCAUCCUUUUUUUAUUUUUCUUUCCUGUUUCCCUCGGAGGACGACAGGAAUCAGCACAGCAUCACCCGUUGAGGGUGGGGUGGCCCCAGCCCACCCGCCCACCAGCCGGAGACCAAGGAUGGAGGCAUGGCGGGGUCUCUUCUGUCUCACCUUCCUCUGCCUUCUGCUGCACGUCCGAGGUGAGUAUGGUGACUUUGAUUUGGCGGACGCUCUGGACGACCCCGAGCCCACCAAGAAGCCAAGCUCAGGUAUCUACCCCAACCCGAGGCCCCCCUACCACCCACAGCCUGGAAAUCCCGACAACAGUGGAAAUAUCUACCCCAGGCCAAAGCCUCCGUACCACCCACAGCCUGGAAAUCCCGACACCGGUGGAAAUACCUACCCAAGGCCGAAGCCCCCGCCUCCUCGCCCGCAGCCUGGGAACAGUGGAGGCUUCCUGAGCGACUCAGACCUCAGCGACGGCGGCCACUACCCGCCCAGGCCGCCCGCAGGAGGCGGCGGUGGAGGAGGCUACCGACCGGGUCACGACAGCUACGGACGAGGAGGGCGCAACAGACCCGGUUUCCCUGGCACUAAUUAUGGUGGAGGCGGCUACUCCACGCCGGGCAACCAGCAAGGCAACAUGAUAGCGCAGAUUGCAUCUCCCAUCGUCUCCGUGGUGGUGGUGACGCUGAUUGGGGCGGCGGUCAGCUACUAUAACCGGAGGAGAAACUGUCUCAGGACAAACGAACCACGGACUAUCUGAGGUCUUCAAAAUCCACCCACCGCUCUGAGAAAGCCUCCGUUCAGAUGACGACUCUGUCGAUCCUGUGGAAAGUCCCUUUCACUCUUGCCUUCACCCGCGGCCCUGGAGGGUCUUCCCUUCUGUUUGCAAUAGACGCGCUGCCCCCACAAAGAAGGGGGUCCCUGAUUCCUCAGAUACAUCGAUGAGAACAAGGUGGACCGCUGGAUCUUGGGUUGUAAAGAGAUUGCCUGAUCUGUGGGUUCCAUUGGCCUUGCGGCCUAAGAGGUUCUGACUCUGGUCAGUGAACACAGCGGCCAGGAGAAUAGCUGGGGGUCUUGGGUGGGGCUGCCGUGGAGGACUUCCAAAGGAUGGAAGCUGCUGCUUGGGUUUCUAGCAAGCUGGGCAGACAAGCUUAGCUGAUGCUAUAGGUUCCUUGCAAAAGUGAAAGUGUUAGUCACUCAGUGGCAGCCGACUCUUUGCGACCCCCUGGACUGUAAUCCACCAGGCUCCUCUGUCCAUGGGGAUUCUCCAGGCAAGAAUACUGGAGUGGGCUGCCUUUCCCUCCUCCAGAGGAUCUUUCCUGACCCAGGGAGCCAGCCCGGGUCUCCCGCAUCGCAGGCAGAUUGCUUUAUCAUCUGAGCCACCAGGGAAACUAAACCACCUUGAGUUAACGUCAGGAAUCCGGACCCGUUCACCUCCGCCCGCGAAUCAGGAAUGAAUGCGUUUCGACCCUAACGGCAGCAUUUGAACUUUAUCUCAGCUCACAAAAGUAUUAUCACCUGCAGAGGAUGAGGCUGGAUUUUUGGAAGUUUAAGUGCAAGGCCGAUGAUGUGGAAACCACCUUGGGGAAGCGAUUUUGGAGUGUUUUUUUGCCAUGAAAUUGUAUGGUUUCUACUUUUUUUUUCAGAACGUGGGAUAGAGAUUUUGAGAUGUCGAGAGUUGUUUGUAUUAUCUUUGGACUUGGAUCCUCUGUGGGUACCAGUUCUUAACACAACAUCAGCGCUUUCCUUGGUGUUUACUUUUCUUUUUCCUGGACUAACUGUCUACCCUCAGCAUCUAAAAAGUAGCCCAGCUGCUUGCUUGGGUUUUAGUCAUUCUUUGGGGGAGGAGAGAAAGGGUGGUUUGGGCAGACGAGUGAAGUCUGCUGGACUGAGAUGAAUGCUGAUAGAACUUUUAGGGCUUGACUGUCAGAACCAAAGAGGAAGAUGGUCAUUAGAGUCUGGAACGCAGGAAGACGAUGCAUGGAAAUCCUAGACAUUCUGUUUGUGGGUGUUCCCCAUUAGAUACCUGCAAGCCAAUGUUCACUGCAGCACUGUUCACACUAGCCGAGACCUGGAAGACUCCUAAGAGUCCAUCGAUGGAGGAAUGAGUCAAGAAGAGGUGCAACAUGUAUACAGAUGGAAUAUUACUCGGCCAUGAAAAAGAGUGAAACCGUGCCAUUUGCAGCAACGUGGGUGGACCUGGAGAGUAUGACAGUAAGUGAAGUAAGUCUGCGGAACACACAUACCAUAUGAUAUCGCUUAUGUGUGGAACCUAAGAAAACGGACACAAAUGGGCUGAUUUAGAAAACAGAAAUAGACUCAUAGGCAUAGAAAACGAACUUCUGGUGACCAAAGGGGAAAGCGUGGAGGCGUAAAUGAGGAGUCUGGGAUGAAGAGAUACACGACACUAUAUGUAGAACAGAUAAACAGCAAGGUCUCACUGUAUAGCACAGGGAACUCUGCUCUAAAUCUGGUAAUAAACUAUAAUGGAAAAGAACCAGGAAAAGAAUAUACGUAUAUCUCUAUGAAUAACUGAAACUGCCUUAUGUGUUGGCCGCUCAGUCAUCUCGGACUCUUUGUGACCCCGUGGACUGCAGCCCGCCGGGCUCCUCUGUCCAUGGCAUUCUCCAGGCCAGAAUCCUGGAGUGGGUUGCCUUUCCCUCCUCCAGGGGGUCUGCCUGAUCCAGGGAUCCAACCUGGGUCUCUUGCAUUGGUUGUUGAUUCUUUACCACAUCCAUGCACUGGUGUCCUGACCCUUGGGAUCUCAGAGCGGAACCUUACUUGUCAAUAGAUUGGGGACAGUUGUGAUCACCUAAGACGAUGAGUUACAACAGGAGGAUGGCUUCUAAAGCAGUAUGAGCUGCGUCUUUAUAAGAGGGGAAAUUCAGAGCCACGCAGAGAGACAUCAGGGGAAGAACCUGAGUGGCUCGGAGCGGACAAGCCACAAGGCAAAGAGCUAUCGCAAGCCGGGACAGAGCCCCGUGUAACUUUCAGAGGGUGUGCCCGCCUGCCGCCCCUUGGUCUUGGACUUCCAGACUCUGAACCUGGGAGAAGAUACAUAUUUCUUGUUUUAUCUGCCCAGGUUUUUUUGGGAUUCUGUUAAAGACAUCCUUAAAAAGUCACACAUAGAUGAAUGCAUUUGGGGUACAGAGUUGUGGGGUGUUUUUUUUUUUCUCCUAAUUUAAAAGCGAGAAUGAGGAAUGCAUCUAGCUUGUCUAUACAGGUGGUACAGGAAGCCAGGCAUGAUUAAACUCUGGACUGACGCCCGAAGCGUGAGAUCACAGUCUGGCUUCUCCAAGUCGAGCUGUGUGACCCUAGGCAAGUUGUGCAACCUCUCUGAGCAUCAGUCCUCUCACCUGGAAAACGAGUGUGAAUGGCACCUGGCUUCCAAAACGGUGAUGAGGCUGUGGUUGUUGAGCCGCUAAGUCAUGUGCAGCUCUUUGCAGCUCCAUGGGUUGUAGCCCUCCAGGCUGCCCUGUUUAUGGAAAUUGGCAGGCAAGAAUACUGGAGUGGGUUGCCAUCUCCUUCUCCAGGGGAUCUUCCCAACCCAGGGACUGAACUGCAGUCUCCUGCGUGGGCAGGCGGAUUCUUUACCCCUGGAGCCCUCAAGGAACGGUACCCUAUAUUUUGAAAGAUUUUAAAUAUUCUCGCCUCAGAAAGAAAGAAUUAUGUCACGGGGCGGAGAUGUCAGACAAGGCUACGGUGCUCAUCCCACUGAAACGUAGCUGCGAUGGUCAUCCCACUGAAACGUAGCUGCGAUGGUCAUCCCAUUGAAGUGUAUCAUCAUCCCACUGAAGUGUAUCACCAUCCCAAUGUACACCUUAACCUUCUACAAUGCUACGUGUCGAUUAUAUCUCAAUAAAGUUGGGGGAAAAGGGUUCUUUCUGAA